AUGGAUUCAUUCUAUGUGGACCUCAAAAAAGAAAUUGAUAAUAUCACCAUCUCACUGGAAAAGAUUCAUGUAGAGUUACCACCAAAAAUAAAGGAAGGAAUGGAGAAAAUUGGAGUUUUGGACCGGAAAGUAGCCGCAAAAAUGGAAGGAAUCGAGACAACCAAGGCGGAAUUCGUAGAGUAUUUCAAAGAAAUGGAUCAAGAGCAAAAGGUAGCUGCUUGCAAGUACAUUGAGAAAGAAUACCAAGAAGCUUCGGAUUUGUCAGAGAGGAAGAUAAAAAUUGCGGAAGGAAUUCGGAAAGCAAUUGAAAAAGUGAAAAGGGAGUUCCAAGAGGGAACAAUGAACUUUAUCGAGAACUACCCCGAGCCAGAGGUUUCAAAGGCCAGAAAGCCAAAAAAGAAGGCAGCUAAAAAGGAGAAAAAGCAGCCGUCAACUGAGGAACCCUGCUCAUCAUCAUCACUAGCACCAUCUUCGGCAUCUGAAGUACCUUCGAAGAAGGGAUCGAGACUGAAAAAGAAGAAAGUCGCAGAGGAGGAGCAGCUCUGGUGCUACUGUCGCGAAGAGAAGCCUGGUGAAAUGAUCUUCUGCGAAGAUCCGGAAUGUGCAAUCCAAUGGUUCCACUUCGAAUGCAUCGGAAUGAAAGUGGCACCAGAAGGCGACUGGUUCUGCAAAGAAUGCUUGGGGAAAAUGUUGGAGGAUCCAUUCGAUGAUGAACCUGCUCCAGAGAAGAAAUCUAAUACGCCAAAGAGUUCGGAAAAGAUGAGAAAUGAUAAUCAAGAGGAAGUUGUCGUCAGAACACCAAAGAAAGUUGUAGUUGAGAAAGGAACAGUUGAGAAACCGGACAGUUCUUCCAAUAACCAAAAAAUGAAGGACGCUGAAUCGAAUAAAGAGUCGAAAACUAUCACGGAAGGUGAUGAAGCAUCGGAAGAGGAGCCAGAGGAGCCAGUCAUCAAAAUCGUCUCAACUCCAGAUGUCGUUUCGUUUGAAGAAGUUGCCUAA